AUGCGUUCGGUUGCACUUGCUCUUGCGUAUCUUGCCACUGGCAUCCACGCUCUACCCAGACCAGCAGUGAGCUAUGCUGUGGUCAACGUAGAUGGCGGUUCUGCACAAACGAGCACUCAGGCAGCACAAACGACUGUAGUCUCUACUAUUGUCGAGUCAGAGGUGCCUACGACUGUCUCGGAGAUUGUGUACAAAACUGUGACCGAUUCGUCGGCCACAGCAACUACCGUCUCUGUCAAGACCGUGACGGAAACACCAAGUGCUAUUCCUACAUCGACCAGCAUCCACUCUGCUGCCCUCUCGACAUCAGCACAGGAUUCGGAAACCUCUUCAUCAUCACCAUCGUCCGCAUCAGCAUCGGGAUCAUCAGCAACGAGCACGAUAUCGCUCGUAUCGGCAUCAUCAUUGCCCACAUCGUCUGCCGAUUCAUCACCGACAAACACACCACUGUCAUCUUCGGAAUCAUCUGCACCCUCUACUCCCAAGAGCAGCAAAACCACAAGCGUCGCGUCCUCGACGCAUAGCAGCACAACAACACCAUCAGUAUCAAUCAACUCGAUUGUAUACGAAGUGACUGGCGGAGCACUUAGCACAGACUACGUUACGAUCACAUUAUCUGGCAGUGCCCAAGCCACAAGCUCGGCGAGCAGCAUGGGUUCGUCUUCAUCGUCCGACUCAGCAGCCUCGACGAUCAUUGUGGUGCAGACGCAGACUGUGGUACCGGCAGCGGCAACAACAACCAACUCGGCGUCUUACUACGACAAUGGCAUGUGGCACACGUCGUACGUUGUCAAGAGCUUCCCUACACUAGCACCAAGUGCUGCAGGCCACCACUGGAACAGCACAUCGCACUGA